AAAGCCAAUAAAUAAAUACCGUAUAUUUAUAUUUGGAACUAGAAAUUCCUCGCUUGAAGAGAAAGAAAAGAUUCUUUAAAGAAGAGGCAAAAGCGGUGAUUGUCUGCUGUCGACACUAAAUAAAGCAAGUUAGAGCAACUCCCGAUUCCGAUCCCUAGAGCUCCUUCCUCCAGAUUCGUAACAACUCAUUUUCCCUUUUCAUCGAUCGACGCUCGCCUCUUAAUUCUUUCAUUUGCGAUCGUCGGUAGGGCUUUAGGCAAAGAUGACUCAAGAUGUGGAGAUGAAAGACAACCUAACUCCUUCUCAAUCCGUUCCCUCUGCUGUUCCCUCCACUUUGCAGCAUUUGAAGGAGAUCGCUUCGCUUAUUGAGACUGGUUCCUACACUAAGGAAGUUCGCCGUAUAGUCCGUGCCGUUCGCCUCACAUUUGGGCUCAGGCGGAAGCUUACGGCGUCUCUGCUAUCGGCGUUUCUCGAUUUUGCUCUGUACCCUGGUUCCGAGGCUCAUGCUAGAUUGUCCUCAUUUCUUCCUAAGGAAGAUGAGCUCAUGGAAGUUGAUACCGCAACAUCUACUGUUCAGACUCCAGCAAAACACUUGUUGCCAGAGCUUGAGAUUUACUGCUAUUUGCUUGUUCUCCUUUUUCUCAUUGAUCAGAAAAAAUACAAUGAGGCUAAAGCUUGUUCCACAGCAAGUAUUAAUCGGCUCAAAAGCCUAAACAGAAGAACUCUUGAUGUCCUAGCAUCAAGACUUUACUUCUAUUACUCGUAUAGCUAUGAGCUCACUGGUGAUCUUGCCCAAAUUCGUGGCAACCUCCUAGCCUUGCAUCGAAUUGCUACACUACACCAUGAUGAGCUUGGUCAGGAAACACUUCUAAACUUGUUGAUGCGUAAUUACCUCCAUUAUAACCUCUAUGAUCAGGCAGAGAAGUUAAGGUCUAAGGCACCACGAUUUGAAGCACACUCAAACCAGCAGUUUUGUCGAUAUCUCUUCUACCUAGGCAAGAUUAGAACAAUUCAGUUAGAGUAUACGGAUGCAAAAGAGAGUCUGCUACAGGCUGCUCGUAAAGCCCCUGUUGCAGCUCGGGGCUUCAGAAUUCAGUGUAACAAGUGGGCUAUAUUAGUUCGUCUGCUGUUGGGUGAAAUACCUGAAAGGACAAUCUUUAUGCAGAAAGGAAUGGAGAAGGCUUUGAGGCCAUACUUUGAGCUGACAAAUGCUGUACGGAUUGGUGACUUGGAGCUCUUUAGGACUGUGGCGGAGAAGUUUGCUAGCACUUUCAGUACUGACAAGACACAAAAUCUCAUAGUCCGCCUGCGACAUAAUGUCAUUAGGACUGGAUUACGCAACAUCAGUAUCUCUUAUUCACGCAUAUCGCUGGCUGACAUUGCUGAAAAAUUGAGGUUGAACUCUGAAAAUCCUGUGGCAGAUGCUGAAAGCAUUGUAGCGAAGGCUAUCCGUGAUGGUGCGAUAGAUGCUACAUUGGAUCAUGCAAAUGGUUGGAUGGUGUCAAAGGAGACUGGUGAUAUUUAUUCUAGCAAUGAGCCUCAAAUAGCCUUCCAUUCCAGGAUUGCUUUCUGCCUUAACAUGCAUAAUGAAGCAGUUCGAGCCUUGCGAUAUCCACCAAAUACACACAAGGAGAAGGAAAGUGCUGAAAAAAGGAGAGAGAGGCAACAGCAAGAACAGGAACUCGCGAAACAUAUUGCUGAAGAGGAUGAUGAUGAUUUUUAAGGAUUUUGCAUCUGUGAUUAUGAAUUGCAGCAUGUGUCUCGACCUUCUUUAUUGUUUCUCGUUUGGAAGGCUAGUUCAUACUUUUCAAUUUUAUGAAUGCUAACCGUUUUUACUUGGAUGACUUUCAGUCGUGUUGUUAUCAAUACAAAAUUUUAAUGUUUUGUGGCGAAAUCAUGUCUGAUGUGAUGCUGGGCAUAGAGUAAUUGGGUUAAGUGGUCUUUUCUGGAUUGGAAUUACUUAAUUUCUCGUAGGUAAUUGCGGCAAGGGUUCAAACUUCAACAGCAUUUCCUGUUCUAGUGAGUUGUUUCAUGGAGAAUGUGGGUGGGGAAUGUUUUGACAUGCUACCGAUAGUUUCUUAGUUUGUUUAGUAUUAAUGCAAGGACCAAAUAAAUGGCAUUGUUAAGGUGAACAUCAUGAAACUAUUUAUGCGUAGAGUUUCAUUUAUCAAGUCGGAAUUGCAGGAAACACAAGUUUUGUUUGGUAUAUUGAUUUUGUUA